CCUCAUAAAUUACAUAAGUACGAAACUCAUCUACCAUAGCAAAAUGGGUAGCCACAAUAUUGAACCACUUAACAUGAUGAACCCUCUAGACCCAGAGGAGUUCAGGAGACAAGCCCAUUUGGUGGUUGAUUUCAUAGCCGAUUACUACUCAAAUAUCGAACAAUACCCUGUUUGUAGUCAAGUCGAACCGGGUUAUCUCACAAAAACCAUGCCGAAAUCAGCACCAUUACGACCCGAACCCAUAGAAACCAUAUUGCAAGAUGUCAAUAAACAUAUAAUUCCAGGCAUAACCCAUUGGCAAAGUCCUGGUUUUUUCGGUUAUUUCCCGUCGAGUGCAAGUACUGGAAGCUUUCUUGGUGAAAUGCUUCUUACCGGGUUUAACCCCGUAGGGUUUAACUGGCUGGCUUCUCCUGCUGCCACCGAGCUCGAGAUGGUUGUUAUGGAGUGGCUCUUGAAGCUUCUUCAACUUCCAGAAUCGUUCUCGUUUUCUAGUGAUGGAGGGGGUGUGAUUCAUGGGAGUACUUGUGAGAGCUUUGUGUGUACAUUGGUUGCAGCUAGAGAAAAGAAGUUAAACCAGUUUGGGACAAACAGAUCAGACACUUUAGGUAAGCUUGUUGUUUAUUGCUCUGAUCAGACGCAUUUUUCUCUCCAAAAAGCUUGUCAAAUUGUUGGCAUCAAUCUUAGCAAUGUUCGAUCUAUCAAGACGAAAAUGUCAAUGAAUUUUCAGUUAUCUCCAGAUGCAUUAACAAUGGCGGUUGAAUCUGAUGUUAGAGCCGGUUUGAUCCCAUUAUAUGUAUGCUUCACAGUAGGAACAACACCAACGACAGCAGCGGAUCCAUUGCUCAUAUUGAGUGAGAUUGCAAAACGAUUCGAUAUGUGGGCUCAUGUGGAUGCUGCUUAUGCUGGAAGCGCAUGCAUAUGCCCAGAGUUUCGACACUUUCUUGAUGGCGUAGAAGGCGUAAACUCCUUCAGUUUUAACCUACACAAAUGGUUCUUGACCACUCAACAAUGUUGUUGUCUUUGGGUUAAAGAUCGAACCGAUCUUACAAAAGCUCUUUCUACAAAUCCUGAACUGCUGAAAAAUAAAGCAAGUGAUACUAACAAAGUGGUGGACUACAAAGACUGGCAGAUUGCUCUUGGUCGUCGUUUUAGAGCAAUGAAAAUAUGGAUGGUAAUAAGAAGCUAUGGAGUAAUCGGGCUACAAGAACAUAUAAGGAAACAUGUGAAAUUGGCUAAACAUUUUGAAGCACUUUUGGUUGCUGACAAUAAAUUUGAAGUUGUAGUUCCUAGAAACUUUGCUAUGGUUUGUUUUAGAAUUUCGCCAUUCGCAUUGGCAACUGUGGCUAAUGGUUGUAGCGAUGAAGAAUCUAAUCGUUUGACCCAGGCUCUAUUGGAAUCACUGAAUGGGUCGGGUCUAGUUUACAUGACACACGCGAUGAUAGAAGGGAUCUACGUGAUUCGGGUUGCUAUAGGUGCAACUCUUACCGAUGAGAAGCAUGUUAAUAUGCUAUGGGAUAUGGUGCAAGGGCAUGUUAGUGGUUUGCUAGCUAAGUAAGCCGAUAUAACAUAAGUUGAACAACAAAGUUAAAAUAGUUUGAUGUAAUGUUUGUAAUUGGAUCAAUAAAUUACAAUGUCAUACGUUGUAAAAAGCAAUAAUAUGUAAUGUUUGGAUACUUGUAAAAAAAAAAAAAAAAAAA